AUGGUAGGAUUGUUUGACCUGGUUAUACAAACAAGUACUCAACACAACGUUGAAUCAAUUGCUCUUGAAAAUAGUUUAACUUUGGUAACAGAUGAAGUGUUCACAGCAUCAUCACAAUCAACCAAUAGUACAGCUGCUGGUUUUCGAAAUGCAGUGAUUGAAUUACAAGCUAAUUAUGGUAAUACAAUCUUGUUAGAUGGAGACAAAAUCUCUAGGCCUCCGCCAAUUGAGGACAGAAUACCAAUUAUUAAUCGACCAAUGAGAGCAAAAGAACUAAAUCUAAUAUCAACCUGGAUAAAUGGUACAAAUAAUCGAUGGUCUAUAUUAGCUAAAUAUUUAAAUUUAGAACAAACACAAAUAAAUGAUGUUGGAAAUUUUAUUCAAGAUCGGAAAUUGCAGUCAAAACCACAAGCACAAAUUAAACAACUGUUACGUGUUUGGUGGCAACUACCAGACGGAAAAGCAAAUGCACUUGAUUUAUUUUAUGCACUCUUGAAAUUGAAUGAGAAAACAGCCGCCAGACGAUUAAGAGAUGAGAUGAUUGAACAUCCAGAUCCAAAUAUUAUUGAUGAAGUGGAUAAUGAUUCCUCAUUUUUGAUAAUGUGUUAUAUAAAUAAACGAUUCUUAACUUUUCGUCAAAAAAUCAUCGAUUGUUUGUCUCAAGAUGAACGAAUAUUGGCUAUUGAACUGACGAAUUUUACUUAUGAACAUUCAAAAUAUCGAACGCUUUUUCAACAGGAACACAUCGAACGUGUUGCCAAUAACACUAUGUCACCAGCAAGCGAAUUUAUAAUAUGUUUGGAUGAAUUAAAAUCACUUGAACCAGAUAUGAUUUACAAUUCAAACGAUAUUCACACAACAUUUUUGUAUGAUUUUUUAUUUGCAUCUUCAUUGUUUUCAAAAUUUGACAUAUUCGUAUUACUCAAGAUAUAUUACGGCGAUACAUUUCCGAAAGCAUAUGAUUAUUUGGCACAGGGAACAAAACCAGAACUAACAUUUGCAAUUAAUUAUUUGUGCAAAGAUUUAAAAGAUCGUCCACAAAAUUUACGAUUUUUCAGUCACUUUAUCAGUAUCACUGCAUUUAAUGCUAUAAAUCCAACUGAUAAUAUUCAUCCACUUGAUGAUAUAACAUCGAAAAUAUGGCGAGAAUUAUUUCAAAAAAUUCGAGUUACAUUUAUUGCACGAGAAAAACGUGAUUUAACUGUUCAAGAUUUGCUUAAAGCCUUAAAUGGAAGUGGUUUAGCUAGAAUGGGAGAAAAUUUAAAGAGAAAAUUAAUGGUACAAGGUUAUACCCUAUAA